AUGGAGGAGAAGAACUUGCUCACAGCACUUGUUAUUCUCACCCGUCUACCAUCUAGGAUAGAUAGCAAAACGAAAGGAGAAGCCCGUUGCAUGGCGACGAGUUUAGACGAUGAGAAUAGACAUGAGGCCGUUAUCAAUCGACUUCUCUACGCCAGGGUGGACCCGGACGCGAAGGAUGACAAUGGGCGCACGCCACUAGGAUGGGCCGCGGAGGUCAGGCAUGAGGUGAUUUUUAAAUAUCUUCUCGAAACCGGGGUCGAUCCGGACGCGAAGGAUGACGAUGGGCACACGCCGCUGUGGAGGGUGGAACUAAUGGGGCACAAAAGCAUCAUGAACCUAGUGCUGGAAGCAAUGAAGCAGAAAACUCCGGAUUGCUAG